UUGUUUCCGCCGGAAUAUCCUAUGAAGCCUCCAAAUAUGAUCAUUCUUACGCCUAAUGGCCGUUUCGAGUUGAACAAAAAAAUCUGUUUGUCAAUCUCCGGUUAUCAUCCAGAAACAUGGCUACCUUCUUGGUCAAUAAGGACUGCACUUCUUGCUCUGAUUGGCUUCAUGCCAACUGCUGGUGCAGGUGCCCUCGGAAGUCUCGAGUAUCCAGUAGCUGAGCGAAAAAAGUUAGCAAAAAAGUGCGUUGUUUUUAGUCUUUUCUGUCAAUUCAGUGUUCCCUUUCUACGUGAUUUCUUUAGAAGUUUGGAGUGGAAAUGUAAGGAAUGUGGCGCGUGCAUGAGAAACGCUUUGAAACCGCUCACUGAGAAUGCAAAGAAGAGCAAUGAGGAGGCGAAAGAAUUAGCUUCGCAACUCACUUUUAAUGUGAGCUGUUUUUGA